AUGCUCGCAGCGCUACAAGAUGCCAAAAAGGAAGUGGGUGGAACUGACAAUGUCGAGAUCGCCUUUCAUUUGGAAGAUGGACAAACCGUCGAGCUCGACCAGCUCGCUCACCCCGAACAAAACAGCGGCCAGAAAAAUGCAAGCAACAAAGAUAAAGACGUAUCUGAGGGAACGGAUCACAAGAAGAAAGUUCCACCGCCUGCACCCCUCAAGCCCUUAUAUGGACCAUUCCUGAACUUUCACAACGUUGAUUUGGACAAGAACGUGUGGCUUGGAAAUAUUCUAUACGUGCAUCACAUGUCCCGUACUCCUCCUCGCAUUCAUGUUCAUUCCAAACUAGACGGCGGACGAUGGGUAGAUCCCGUCAUCCUCGAUGAAGACAUUAGCGGAACAGGUUACUCUGCUGUCCGCUACGAUUUGCAAAUAUCGCUUGAAAACGCACCUUCAGAGCCCCUUCUUGAUGCCACAGAAGUAGGUGAUCCACAAGCACGGCACUUGAAGCAGCAAGGUAUAGAAACUGGGGAGCCACGUGUUAGCUCUGGCCGAAGUCAAAAAGUUACCUACACGGUUGACCCGCAAGAGGCGUCGAGCUCACAGGGAAACGGUACAACGGAAGGAGUAGAUUCAACAAUAUCUGGCGGCACAGCCUACGAGUUUUAUGUAGCUGCCAGAGACGAACCUUGGCAUUGGGCAUUCUACUCUUGCAACGGAUUUGGAACGGACACGAAGAAUCCGGAGGAAAAGUUCGAUGGCGUGCGACCCCUUUGGCGGGAUAAGUUGGCGGUUCAUAAGAAACGACCGCUACAUUUAAUGGUUGGAUGUGGGGAUCAGAUAUAUCAAGACGAUUUCUUUUUCCAUUGCCAAAGUCUUCGCCAAUGGCUGGAUAUUACUAAUAGCGUUGAACGUGAAUCCUACCAGUUCACCGUGGAGAUGCAAAUUGAAGUUGAACGAUAUUACUUGAUGCACUAUCUCGCUCACUUCUCGCAGCCGGUGGUGGGGGAUGCCAUGGCCGCGAUCCCCAGCAUUAACAUUGUGGAUGAUCAUGAUAUUUUUGACGGAUUUGGAUCUUACCCUGAUCCAUUACAACAGUGUCCUGUCUUUCAAGCUAUUGGGAAGAUUGCUCUCCGGUUCUACCUUCUGUUCCAACACCAUACCACCACGCUGCGAGCUCGAGAUGAAGGGCUAUGGGGAGGAUCUACUGGCUACAAUUUCCUUCGGCUUAUGGGUCCACGGACAGCCAUCUUUGGCAGUGACGGUCGCUUUGAACGUAAAAAAACUCGCGUUUGCGAUCCUAAAACUUGGGAUAUGCUAUUUGAGGAGUACUUGCCUUCGUUGCCCCCAACAGUGGAACAUUUGAUUUUUGCUGCCGGUGUUCCUGUCUCGUUUCCUGUACUCGGUGUCACCGAAAAGUUUAGGACUCAAGCGAAUUUAAAACGGGACACGAAGCAUGUAUACGAAAUUCCACCGCUGCAGGAUCCAAGAUUAAUGUACAACAUUGUAUCCUCCGCUAUUGGGAAUAUUCCACCACCAAAGAUUGUGUUGAAAUUGUUCCAAUGGUCGUCUUCUCGUAAACCGGUGCUGAAUGUACCAAAUACGACCGAAGGACUUGUGCAUAUUUUCCAGCACGACGUUGAUGGCCAUCCUAACAAAAAGGGACACCGUAAAAUUAUGGCUCGGCGUAACUGGUGCGAGAUCGAUGAGGUGGUCCCUGCCUCCUGGAUUACACGCCAGGAAAGCGGUGAUCCAGUGGUAGACGAGAAAAUCGCAACUCCAGAGCUUGCAGUGUUUCGACUUCGUUUCGAGCCUCCAAAGCAUCGCCAGCACAUUGGCAUUGGGGUUUACCACGUUAGCAUUCCCCGAUUGGUUGUCGGAGAGAAAGAGAAAGAGCUUCCUGGCUUAAUUGAAAUGGCCGAGAAGAACAAAGAAAUGGGAGUUGGUGUUGCUGAAAUGGAUGAAAAAGUUGCAGACGAGGCGGAGACGGGUGGGCAGGCUGGGCAAAAUACCAGUGCACCACCUGUGGAGUCUAUGCUAUCGACGCCAUCACUAUUUUCUCAUCCUGAACCUUCAGCUGCUUCGAAAAGUGCCGGUACGGAUGGAAAUGCAGAGGGCGAUGGUAUCCCCCUUCAACGACAACAGCCCAACGAGUGGCCAACACAAGAGUACGAACCAGGAACUCUGCCACAGCACCCGUUUGGCUAUGAGGAAGAUGCAAAAGGCAAGGGCAAGGUGGUAGAAUGA